GAUUGUCUCCCGGGCUUUAAAGAGCCGCCGGGACGCCCCGCUCCAGCGCAGCUGGGCCGGCCGGGCGGGCGCUCCGGAGCGAGGCUGGCGGUUCUGCAGCGCCGCCGUGUGAACCCUGCAGAGUCUGCUACGCAAGAACAGAUCCUCUGCUGAGCACGCAGGUCCCUGGUGUCGUCCUGAGUGAUUGCCAGCAGCAUCAUGAAGGCUCUUCUCCUUGUCCUGCUGGCUGAAGUCUGUCUCGCCUCCCUUGUCCCAGAGAAGGAGAAGAAUCCACAGUACUGGAGGAAUCAGGCUCAGCAGACACUGAAAAUUGCCCUGAAGCUGCAGCAGCUCAACACCAAUGUGGCCAAGAACAUCAUCUUAUUUCUUGGAGAUGGCAUGGGAGUCUCCACCGUCACAGCAGCUCGUAUCCUCAAGGGGCAGCUGCAGAACAUGAAGGGGGAAGAAUCCCUGCUGGAAAUGGAUAAAUUUCCUUAUGUGGCUUUGUCCAAGACCUACAACACCAACGCCCAGGUGCCAGACAGUGCAGGCACGGCUACUGCUUAUCUCUGUGGGGUGAAGGCCAACGAGGGGACGGUGGGCGUGAGCGCAGCCGUGACCCGCGCUCAGUGCAAUACCACAGCGGGCAACGAGGUCACAUCGGUUCUCAAGUGGGCGAAGGGAGCAGGCAAGUCUGUGGGCAUCGUCACCACCACACGGGUAAACCACGCCACUCCCAGUGCUGCCUAUGCCCACUCUGUUAACAGGGACUGGUAUUCGGAUAACGAGAUGCCCCCGGAGGCCAUCCAGCAGGGUUGCAAAGAUAUCGCCCAGCAGCUCUUUGACAACAUCCCAGACAUCGAGGUGAUCAUGGGAGGUGGCCGGAAAUACAUGUUUCCAAAGAACACCAGUGAUGUGGAAUACCGGGAUGAUGACAAGUACAGGGGCACUCGUCUGGAUGGCAAAAACCUCAUUGAUGUCUGGAGAGAUAAGAAACCUAAAGACAAGAAUGCCCAGUACGUCUGGAAUCGCAGUGACCUGUUGUCUCUCAACCUGAUGGAGGUGGACUUCCUCUUAGGCCUCUUCGAGCCAAUGGAUAUGAUGUAUGAGCUAGACAGGAAUGUCCAGACAGACCCUUCCCUGACGGAGAUGGUGCAGGUGGCCAUCAAAAUCCUCCAGAGAAACCCCCGAGGAUUCUUUCUGCUGGUAGAAGGAGGUAGGAUCGAUCACGGUCACCAUGAGGGGAAAGCCAAGCACGCGCUGUAUGAGACCGUGGAGAUGGACAGAGCCAUAGGCCAGGCUGGUGGCAUGACGUCCCUGGAGGACACGCUGACCGUAGUCACUGCUGACCACUCCCAUGUCUUCACCUUUGGUGGAUACACACCCCGCGGCAAUCCCAUUUUCGGUCUAGCACCAAUGCACAGCGAUGUGGAUAAAAUGCCCUUCACCUCCAUCCUGUACGGAAAUGGCCCCGGGUACAAAAUUGUAGCCGGAGAGAGGGAGAAUGUGUCCGCUGUGGAUUAUGCUCAUGCCAACUACCAGGCCCAGUCGGCUGUGCCCCUGCGCCAGGAGACCCAUGGGGGUGAGGACGUAGCGAUCUUUGCCAAGGGCCCCAUGGCCCACCUCCUGCAUGGAGUACAUGAACAGAACUACAUCCCACACGUCAUGGCCUAUGCCGCCUGCAUUGGCCAGAACACAGACCACUGCCGUUCUGGGGCCCACCACAGCAUAGUGGGGCCUCUGCCCUUCCUCUCUACCCUUGCCUCAGUCAUCCUCCUCAAAUUCUUGUUUUAAGGUCUCGCCCUGAAUCAGCUCACUUCCUUCAGUGUCAGACCAGGGGUCCCCAGCUGUCUCAAAUAGAGAUCUUGACCCCAUUCAAAGACAGAUCUUGGAACCUGUCUUGCCAUAUGAUACUGGGUCUUCAGGUUUUAACCACAUUGGACAUAAUACCAAAGCUUCCUAUGUCUCUUGCCUCUGGACCCACCUUGCCCCCGAACCAGGGCAGCUGGCCUGCGGCCAUGAACCACUGUUCAAGAUCAUUGGCGUGGGGAACGGAGUGAGCAGCUCAGUUGCUGUUGACACUGCUGGACAUCCCUUGUGUGGAUGCCUGGACUCCAGGUUGGCUUCAAGAGCUGGAAGUGUUGGGCUGUUUCUAUAGCAAUAGCCUGGACUGGUUCUGUGAACCUAAAGGCAGAGACACACUGGUUCAGGCUGGGGCAGACUCUCUUGGGUCCAGAUGUUUCAUAUCUAAUAAUGUUUUCGUUUGUGUUAAGCUCCCCUAACCCAACUCAAGCAGCUUUUUAAAAAAAAUCAGAAGAACAAAACUCACAUACAGGGAAAUGUUCUGUUCUCCUCCCACAGCUGCUGAUUAUGUAAAUAGAGGCUUCCUCCCCAGGAACCAAAACCUGGAUCUAAACUUUUGAGAGAAGUGGCUUUUGGAAUCUGAAUUUUGGCUCCUUCGUUCAUCUCUGGUUGAUGUUUUCAGAGGACCUUUGGGGAAUUAGUCACUUAAGUCAGCAGGAAUGGGCCACCUAGAGCCAGAUCCAUAAAGGUAUUUAGGCUCCCAAGUCCCUCCAGUUUCAAUGGAAGUUAGAAGCCUAAAUACCUUCAGUGGGGCCAAAGGAAUCACUCAUAUCCAUAGAAUCGUAAGACUGGAAGGGACAUUGAGAGGUCAUCUAGUCCAGUCCCCUGCACUCAUGGGAGGACUAAGUAUUCUCAAUGGUGUUUUAUGUUUGAAGCCAGGGUGAUACGAUAUAUGGAGCCCUCUUUGAUUCCUCCCUUUAGCCCCCUUGGUGCCAGGCACAUUAGGCACUCCCAGCCGACGCUGCGGUUGCCACGUCUGUCCCAGACCUUGUGCCACAAUUCUGAUUUGUCUAGGCUCUGCUUUGUCCUUCACGGCUGGCUUGUAGGACACUAAAGGUCUCUGGAGACCAUGCUUGUUGGUCACUUCUUGGUGAUGCUGUGAUGUGAAGAUGUGGGGCAAAAUGGCAGGUCAGGGUAGAAACCCAGGUUGUCAGAUCCUGGGUCAGUCAACCCCUCAAGUCUCCCAAGCUGGACUGGGAAGGUCCAAGUAAAGGCAUUCCUGUGAGACUUUCUACAGCCAGUUAGGCCAUGGACAAUACCCCCACGAUCAGCCUUUGCCACCAUAUUGCAGUCCUGGCCUGAGCUCAGUAGUGGGGAGCAGCUGGAGAAUAAUGUUGGUCAAACUUUUCUUGACCAUAUUAAAAGGUUGUUUGCAGUGCUGUGGCCAUGUCGGUCCCAGGAUGUUAGAGCGACAAGCUAUCUUUUAUUGGACAGACUUCUGUUGGUGAAAGACACACACUUUCGAGCUGCACAGAGCUCUUUGUCCUGGCUGGGCUCCCUCACCCACCUUGUCUCCUAUAUAAAAAAUGUCCAUUUGAGUUUCAGGCUGGGUCGUAUUUGAACCAAACUGGUUUCCCUGUCUCUCAUUGCAUCACAAUGUGAUGAUGCAACAGCCUUAGGAGCCAGAACCCUAUUACAAGUAAAUGGGACUUAGUUUUUCUAGAUAUUAGGAGACCAGAGUGGCCAAGGCCCCUGCUGACAGACAGAAAGAAGCAGGGUGUGUGUGUGUGCGGGGGUAACAUUGUCAAAAGCACUUACGUGCCUUGAGAGACUAACCAUCAUUUCUCCUGACAAGUUGAUGCAGCAGGUGGAGGGGAAUUAUUUGCCAUGACAUGUGGGGAUUAGUUUCUGAGGAUGCUCAUCAGCAUGCCCUUAGGAGACCUGAGCUCUUUAACUUAUCAACGUUUCAUUCAGCUGUUCAAUUUGUCAGUAGGGUGUUGAUUUUUUUUAAAAGGCUUUAUUAAAAAAAAAAAAAAAAAACUAUUUCAGGCCAUAGCGGAUUGUUUGAAGAAACUUGAAUUCUUGGGGUCAAUGAGGCACUGGAAGGACAGCCUCUUUGGGCUUCAUUCAUAAGAAAACCACUGGCCUGAACACAGCCAGGUGGAAGGAACAGUCAAUCCAAUUCAUAACCUGUGACUCAAGACCCCUCUCUGUAUUUCCAUAGAAGUCAUCCAUGGUGAAAGCAAAUCAGCUGUCAGUGAUAAAUAAAUACAAAUCUGGGAGUGCAUCUGGAUUGGAUUUGCAUUGAGGCCUCUUGUUUCAGUGUUUAGUUGGGGAUCUUGUUAAAGCUGCUUAUGGUUUUUCCAUAAAUGUGCAUCGGCUUCUCAGCAUAAAACUCUGUGGGCUGUAGCAAAAGCUGGGUGCAGAACCGUAACGGUGGGGGCCGGGCACUGCAGUACAGCUGCUGAGCGUUCAGCUCUGGUUGCUCACACAUGCUGCUCCCUACGGGCUUCUAGAGUAACUUGAACAGUGGCUUCCUGAGAUUAUUGCUCUCCUCCUGCUGGCUUUCAUUUAUGACUCUUGGAAUGGGGGUGAAGCUGUUUAGAGCCUGGAGGGCGGGAAAAAGACCUGGUUCAUUAGGCUAUCAGUCACCCAGAGAGAGGGGGCAAGACUUCUCCUCCCACAAAGGGUCCUGGGAAGCCCUCUACAAAACUCCCUGGCUUGGCGUUGAGAGUCAGCGUUGCAGGAAGGAGGUCCCCUGGAGGAACAUGGGCCUGUCGGAGGCCUGUUGUGGCAGGUAUUCCUGCUUGGGUUUUUAUUUGUAUUAUUAUUCUUUUUUAAACCCCUCGAAACUGGGUCUUGAUGUUAAAUUAGACACUCUUGCUACUGCCCUGUGCCACAACCCUCUUUUUAUUUAUUUGUGCUGAAGUGGUGACUAAGAGACCCCGUCAUGGACACCAUUGUGCUAGGUGCUGUACAAAUACAGAGCAAAAUGAUGGUCCCUGUCCCAAGGACCUUCUCGUCCUAGACACUCUUCCCCCCCCCCCCCCCCCCCCAUGUGCCUUCUUUGUUUUCCUGCCCACGUUUAGGGUUGCAUUUUGAUACAUAGAAGCCUUUGUUUGCUGCCAUAGUUAAAGGAGGUUUUAUUAAUUGUCACUGAGAUGGUUUUUUUGGGUGAGGAAGAUGGACCUUGAGCCAAGAGCCCUGGAUUUGGAUCCCAGCUCACCACUUGAAUAUCUCACAGAUCUUGGGAGACAGGCCAGUCCUUGCUUAUAGACAGUCCCCCAACCUGCACAUCUACCAAUGUGAUAUAUGCCAUCAUGUGCCAGCAAUGCCCCUAGACCAUGUACAUUGGUCAUACUGGACAGUCUGUACGUAAAAGAAUAAAUGGACACAAAUCAGACAUCAAGAAUUAUAACUUUCAAAAACCAGUUGGAGAACACUUCAAUCUCUCUGGUCACUCGAUUUACAGACCUAAAAGUUGCAAUACUUCAACAAAAAAACUUCAAAAACAGACUCCAACGAGAGACUGCUGAAUUGGAAUUAAUUUGUAAACUGGAUACAAUUAACUUAGGCUUGAAUAGAGACUGGGAGUGGAUGGGUCAUUACACAAAGUAAAACUAUUUCCCCAUGUUUAUUCCCCCCUUCCACCCCCUACUGUUCCUCAGAUGUUCUUGUCAACUGCUGGAAAUGGCCCACCUCGAUUAUCACUACAAAAGGUUUUUCCUCCCUGCUCUCCUGCCGGUAAUAACUCACCAUAAGUGAUCACUCUCCAGUGUGUAUGUUAACACCCAUUGUUUCAUGUUCUCUGUGUAUUUAAAAUUGUCCCACUGUAUUUUCCACUGAAUGCAUCCGAUGAAGUGAGCUGUAGCUCAUGAAAGCUUAUGCUCAAAUAAAUUUGUUAGUCUCUAAGGUG